GGAGAGGGAGGAGAGGAGGAUGGAGAGGCGAGGCAGAGCAUCAUGCGCCGUGCUGGAGGAAGAAGGGGAUUGGUUGAGCGUCACUGAAUGAGGGAGCGCUCUGAGGAUGCUCUGUGAAGCUGGGAGGGAGUACAUACGGUAGGAGUUUACACGGAGACCCCCACCCACCCCCAUCUGCCUUCACCAGCCCCACACUCAGACCCAGAAGUCCCUCCGCAGAAUCGUUUUCUUUAUUUGUGCCCAUCCCCUGCACUCCCAGAGCUCCACGGAUCCCCUCUGCAGCCAUGAAUUACCUGCGCCGGCGUCUCUCGGACAGCACCUUCAUCUCCAACCUGCCCAACGGCUACAUGACUGACCUCCAGAGGCCCGAUGCUCCGGCUCAGGCUCAGGCUCAGGCUCCUCCACCCCCUGCUUCCUCCACCCCGGCCAAGUCCCCCACAGCUGGGCCCGUGCCGCCGGCCGCCUCCCCUGCUCCUGAUAGAAAACCUCAGCCCUCACAGUCCAGCGGGUCGGGCUUCUUCAGCUCCAUCACUAAUGUGGUUAAGCAGACAGCCGCCUCAGCGGGGCUCGUGGAGCAGACCCAAGUCACGACACCUAAGAAGUUCAAGAUUCUCCUGGUGAUCGACGAGCCACAGCAGGAGUGGGCGAAAUUAUUCAGAGGAAAGAAAGUACACGGGGAUUACGACAUCAAAGUGGAGCAGGCGGAAUUCAAUGAGAUCAAUGUUGUGGCUCACGCCAACGGAGUCUGCAGCGUGAACAUGCAAGUCCUCCGAAAUGGCACCAAGGUUGUCAGAUCCUUCAAGCCAGACUUCGUUCUCAUUCGCCAACACGCCUUCAGUAUGACCCAGAAUGAAGAUUUUCGCAACCUGAUCAUCGGUCUGCAGUACGGAGGCGUCCCGAGCAUCAACUCCCUCGAGUCCAUCUAUAAUCUUUGUGACAAGCCGUGGGCAUUUGCUCAGCUUAUCAACACGUGCAGGAAACUAGGGGCUGAGAAGUUCCCUCUCAUUGAACAGACCUUUUACCCAAACUACAAGGAGAUGGUAAGCAUGCCAUCGUUUCCUGUUGUUGUAAAGAUUGGACACGCCCACUCCGGAAUGGGCAAGGUGAAGGUGGACAAUCACAGUAAGUUCCAGGACAUAGCCAGUGUCGUGGCCCUCACCCAGACCUACACCGUCACAGAGCCUCUCAUCGACUCUAAAUACGACAUCAGAAUCCAGAAGAUCGGCACUGACUACAAAGCCUACAUGAGAACAUCCAUAUCUGGUAACUGGAAGACCAACACGGGCUCUGCUAUGCUUGAACAGGUGGCCAUGACUGAUCGGUACAAGCUGUGGGUCGACACCUGCUCUGAGAUUUUCGGAGGUCUGGACAUUUGUGCAGUUAAAGCAAUCCAUGGGAAAGACGGCAGAGAUUACAUCACCGAGGCCGUUGGUUCCUCCAUGCCGCUGGUUGGAGAGCACCAGGCUGAGGACCGGCAGCUGAUCACUGAGUUGGUUUUGGCAAAACUGAACCAGUUAGUGGAGAGAGAAGCUAAUGCUCCUCAGAGACCCACCACCAUACAACCAUCCCAGGGAGCUGGUCAGAAGGGCGAGGUCACUGGCGAGCUCACCAAGAACGGCGCCGGGCGUCCACCUCAAGGUUGCUUGCAGUAUAUUCUCGACUGUAACGGCGUCGCUGUGGGUCCAAAACCAGUCCAGGCCAACUGAAGAGACCCCGGGGAGGAGGAGCAGUACCGUCAGAGCCCAGGGGACGGAGUGAACCUGAGCCCAACACAAGUACCGACGUGUUUUGUGUGGAUGCUGCCAGCUGUAGGGUCAGAUCUUUAAAAAGGGAGGGAGGAAACCGGCCUGGACUGUUUUAGUUUUGAACUCUAUGCAGUGUCCAGUCGUACCGUCUAACCUGUUCACCUGUUGGUUUGUGUACUCACCUGUGUUCUAGUAGCUGUGGGGAUUUUUGUUUUGUUUCUGUUUGGAUCUGUUGUUGAUAAUGUGUAAAAUGAAGAUUGUGCCUACACUGAGUUCAGUGCUGCUCUCUGGUUCCUGUUUGACCCUGCUAUGAACUUUUCAUUUGCUCAGUGGUUUGGUUUAACUUUAAUUUAUUUUUUUAUUUGAUGUGUACUUCUAGAUAUCUCUUGAACUUUGGAACAUUCUGUAUAUGCUAAUAUGUGUAAGGAUAAGUGGGUGUGUAUGGCUGUAGUGGUGAUUAUUUUCUUACUAAUAUACAGUAGAUAUUUAUUUUUUGUUUUUGCAUGAUCGGUUCAAAGCCAGGUGCAGGUCAGUUAUAAGCGUCUGACCGAGUGGUAUGUUUAAUAUCUAACAUGGCUGUGUUCCUUGUGAGUCAUGCAU